AAUUUGUCAUCAGUGUCAAAACCGUCAAAACAGUGUACUUCUACGAAGGUGUAGUUGUGAAGAUUUAAAAGUUUAAAAGCAAAAACCCAACAGAUUUUGUGCCGGAGAAAAGAAUGGAUAUGCUGCCUUCCAGCUGUCUCCCUGGAGAUCCGAGACUGAUCAAUCACAUCGUCUAUGAACUGAAGUCUCAAGGUAUUUUCGAUCAGUUCCGAAAGGAAUGUAUUGCUGAUGUAGAUACCAAGCCUGCUUAUCAAAAUCUAAGCCAGCGAGUUGAGGGCAGUGUGAUGAAUUUCCUCAAGAAGCAAAAGUUUGCUGAGAGCAUCAACAAGAAUCAACUGCGAGAGCAGCUGCGGAAAAACAUCACCGAGUCUGGCUUUUUGGAAUCUGGAGUGGAGCGAAUCGUUGACCAGGUUGUCAACCCCAAGAUAAACUCGGUGUUUCUUCCAAAAGUUGAGGACGUAGUAUAUCGUUUUCUGGGGAUAGAAAGACCUUCUCAGGAGGCCCAACGGUCAGGAGUCAAGCCUAAGAUCGAAAAUCUGUUUCCGCAGGAUUUGGAUGCAGCUUCUCCAAAAUCCGCACACGAUGAGAAGAUGAAUGAUGUUGACAAAACUGACUCGACAGAGGCGCUCAACAGUUCAGAGGCCAAAAUGGAAGAUGAAAGCCCAUCCUUUGAACCAUUAGAGGAAAGCAAGUUUUCCGCUCAAGAAGAAAAUUCGGAUGACUCUCACCUUUCUGGAAUGUCAGGCUUGAGCCGUAACUCGAAAAAAAAUGAUGACGUAGAAAUGUCCACUUCAGUGCAACCUGCGCAAGAUAUAUCUCAGCAAAGCGAGGCAGUUGUGGCUUCUGAACAAGACACAACAAUGGAAAUAUGUACGCCUAGUGAAAUUUCAGAUGCUUGUGACAAUACUAUGGAGAAGUUACCCGAUAAAACCGAAGCUGCUAAGCCGCCACAUGAUGGCGAUAGCGCUAAUGUGCUUUCUGCGCUUGCACAAGAUAAACCUGGAUGCAAAAGUGAGAAAUCCGGCCAAGAAGAUGCAGAUGGAAAGAAAGCAGACAAUUAUAAACGAUCUCAUGAUAGGCACAAGUCUUCUUCUCGAAGCGACAAGAGAGAACACAAAGAGAAGAAGGAGCGCAGCAAAUCUGAAAGUAAAUCAAAGGACCAUAAGGAAAAAACCAGCUCUAAACACAGUUCGUCCAACAAAGAUAAAGACAAAGACGGUUCAAAUAUAAAAGGCGACAACGUGGAAACAGACAAAGCCAAAAAGGAGGAUAAAGAACGUCAUAAAAGUAGAACAAGCAGUAGCAGUAAAAGCAAAGACUACAAGACCAAGUCUGAAAAACCGGAUAAGUCGAAAGAAAAGUCUGAAAAGGACAAGGAAAGGACACAUAAAGAUAAGGAUCGGCCGGAUAAAGACCAAUCCAGCACAGAUAAAGGUAACAAACCCGAGAAGUCCAAAUCGAGCAAAGACAAAGAAAAAGCAGAGAAAAGCCGAGUUGAGAAAGCUGCAUCAGAAAAAGACAAAUCUAGCAAGAUUGCCAAAGAAAAGUCAUCUAAUUCAUCUAAAACUGAAAACAAGGAUAAGGCCUCAUCCAGCAAAGAAAAUGGUCCACCAUCCAGCAACACGCAUUCAAAUCUAGACAAAAGUUCUGCUAAAAGUUCCAAAGAUAAGCCAAAAAGUUCUUCAACUAGUAACUCCAAGGAUAAAGACAAAAAAGUGGAUGAUCCGAAACAGAAAAGCGCAGAAAAGCAUAAGAAGAAGGACAAAUCCUCUUCAUCCAGCGAUAAAUUAAAUUUAUCUUCCAGAAAAGACAAAGAAAAAAAGUCAUCUGAUGACCAUUACAGUUUCAAAGACAAAAAGAGCACCCGGCGUUCUACCGAUAGGGAUUCAAACGAUGGUUCGAGCAAGGUCAGCAGACAUGAUAGCACAACCGAAACUGGCUCUAACUCGUACAAAGGAAGCAGCAAGGAAUCAUCCGAAGUGUUUAGCAGUGGAGGAGGCGAAUCCAGCAAUUCAGAAAAUGUUGAGAAAAAACCGGAAGGAGAUGAAGUUGUUAAGUCACCCAAUGCAGAAGCAUCACCGUUUAAAUAUCUAAAACCCAAGUUUGCCUCCAAUAUUCACGAAGCAAUGAAGCUAAUGAAGAUACGGAAGCAAUUGGCCAAGAUGGAAAGGGAAAAUAAAUUGGCGUUAACCGCAGUUUCGGUGAACGAAAAAGAGAAAGCUAAACUCGAAACCGAAACUGAAAGCGUCAGCACUGAACUGAAAACAGAUACAAUUUUAAAUUCACCCGAGGUGAAACAAUCUUCUAAGAAACCCGAAUCUCCAUUGAAAAAUAUUUUGAAGCUUCAAGUGCAACUGGAGAGGAAGGUAGAAGAAACGCAGAACGCAGAACAUGAAAGCAGCCCCGUGUUAAAAAGCCACGAUAUAAGCUUGGAAAGUUUCGCAGCCCUUGAAGCUAGAUUGGCUUUAGAAAUGUCAACGGUGAAUUCUAGCUCUUAUGGAUACGGGGAUGAUGAAGACUAUGCUCAAUAUUCAUCAAUUACUACCAGUCCGCACAAGCAGAGGAAAUUGUCCGAAAAGCAGGAAAUUUAUCAUUCCCUUUUCGAGGAAUCUGCACCGAACAGUCGUGAAGCGCAGAUCGAUCAAUCAUCUUUGCACCAAAUCGUAACAGCGAGUAAUCUGGAAAACAGUGUGGCUUGUUCGCAAGCGAGCAAAACAAGAACAUUUGUUUUGGAUCAAAACAGCGAUGAGGAAAUCGAAUUGGCUGGAGGAAUACAAUCGAAAUCAAGAAUUAGAGAGCCAGACUCAAUUCUUCGCACAGUUCUUUUAAACACUGCGCCUUCCGAAAUUCCAAUUCUAGCCGAAAAAAGCCAAAAUUCCCCAAGUUAUACCGUUGAUUUUCUAGGAUUCUCCAAUGUGGAUAGGGAAGACGUCGCUUCAAAUAAACUUCACGAGUUACUUGAGCAAGUUGGGCAAGACAUUUUUGGGUUACAAUGUAAGGCAGAACUUCCCAGAUUGGUCAAAAAAGCUGCGGCACAAAGUUCUGAUUAUGAUCAUAAUUUUGGUGGGUCCAUCAAACGUAUGAAUGGAAAAAAAUUGUUCAUCAGCCUUGAAAAAACCGAACUGGACACUAAAAUGUUGCCUCUUAAAAGCAUUACACGUAAAGAGAUCACACCUUUAAAUGGUGGCUUUGAACCAGCAAACUUAAUGCAAAAUGGCCAAAAAAAGGAAGUCAAGGAAUCGACACCGUUGAAGAUAAAUAGGCUGGUAAAAGAGUGGGAAAACGACGACAUUCCGUGUUGCUUCUUUGAUAAACCAGAUGCAGCCGAUAUAACGAAUUUGAAUCGAUUAAUUGAAAGAUUGGCCGCCAACAUUGAGAAGCAAUUGGAGAAAAUCGCUAAUUCUUCAUCGACGAUUAUAAAGCAAACUUGCAAAAGGAAGCUGCAGGACGAGGAAAGAGUUAUAGAGCCUAAAUUUGCUAUUAAGAGACAACGGUUGAAUGAGAUCAUUUUGGAUGAAAAUAUGUGCAAUGCCAGUUUAACUUUGAUUGUAGAUCUACCUUCCCAUCAGAACUUCAAUUUUCCGUUGAGUCCUGCUGAAAGUGAAAAGUCGGGCGAGCAAAAAAAAGAUGAACCCACACCUGUUAAACAUAGAAAGUCUGCUAGAGGAUCUACUAGUCAAAGAUAUUCGACAGAUGAACUGUACAAGCCCAGGCCUGUUUUGGGCUGUUCUGGGUCUCGCAGAAAAUAUCCCAGACGAGACAGCAUGGAGCAAUCUUAGUAAUAAGAGAGGAUACACAAGCUAAGUUAGCUGUACAGUUUCAUAAGGCGAAAAUCUAUUUUUCUAAAUUGAUCUCCGUUUAACAAUGUAGAGUUAAUUCCGGUCAGAUUAGUGGUUACGUUUUUCGUCGUUCCGGUUUGUUCAUGUAUUUUUUUUAUCAUAUUGUUUAAUCCCACGGUAUUUUGAGAAGUUGGGGUCAUUUAUUUGAUAAUAUAGAGUCCGUUGGUUGUUAUUGUUUGAGAGCAAAAAAGGACUGGACUGAUAAAAAAAAAGUGAUCAAAGUUGUUGAUUCUAUUCGAACGAAUUGAAUUUGGUCACGGCGAUGAUUAGUGUUGAAUUUAAAAUUGUAUUUUUGUUGACAUCUUUAAUAGAUCUACAAAAAUCUUCCCUCCAUUCAACUUGGUAGAUACAAGCUGAGUUCGUUGCAAUUUAGCAGUGAAACUAACGUUGAUUAAAUUAAUUUGUUUAUUGGU